UAAGCAACCAAGUGGUCGGGGAAACACUCGGUAGGUAGGAGGCUACUCUGCGCUGGUCUCCUAUCCGGGUUUGGGCGCGCGGUGUGCUACUAGUUAGAGAUGCUAGUGCGGUUUGGGCGGCGCGCUGGACAGGCGAGGGAAAGCACAGAAAUAAGGAAGUCUAAAGAAGAUGAAGUUGCCUAUCCACCUCUUCUACCUUGCAACGUAGAUCUACGGCAGGUCACCAUAAUUUCACAUGAUGAGUGGAAAAGAAUUCAGGAUAGCCUGGACAGUAUGACAAGAGAAGCAGCAGCUUUUCGUGCAGAAAGAAAAGCAAAGAAAGAAAUGCAUUUACGAUCCCAAGAAGUGGUAAAACACUGGACUAAUACAUAUGCAGGGAUGAAACAACAGAAACUUAAAGCUAAAAAGAAGCGUGAUGAAGAAAUUGAGGCAGAAAGAAAAAUUCUUGAUAUAGAAGAAGAAAUAUACAAACAAGGAGAAAGAAAAAAGGCCAUUGAACAUGCAAAGCAGUAUCAGUUUUACCAAACAGAAAGAAUGAAACACUUUCAUUCAGGACUUCUUCUCAGUAGAGUCAUGAAGGAACGUGAUGCCCAGAUUGAAUUCCAAAAGAGUAAUUUAAAAUCAGAUAAAAAAUGGGAAGAACAAUUGAAACUCAACAUUGAAAUGGCUUUUAAAGAAGAGCAAGAAAAAGCAGAAAAAAGACACAGAGAAAGAAUAGCUCUUGCCAAUGAUCAUCUAAAACAAAUAAAGGAACAUGAAGAGGAAGAAGAAAGAAGGAAAAAACUUGAAGAAAAAGAUGCCGAGGAGAUACAGCGUCAGAAUUUAUUAUAUGAAAUAGAAAUGAAAAAAAAAGCAAAAAAGAAAAAAGACGAUAUUGAAGAAAACAGGAGACUGUUUUUUGAGCAUAUGCAUGAUAAAAAUAUCAUCAAAGCUGUAAUACAACAGCAGCAGGAAGAGGAAGAAGAAAAGAGUAGAAAAUUUAUCAAAGCAAAAAAGCGUCUUGAACAAAUUAGGAAAGAAAAAGAAGCUGAAACACAUAGGUUGUUGGAGGAACAAAGAGAACGAAUAAAUAACUCCCUGAGUAAACUAAUUAAAGAGAAACUUGACAAUGAAGAUUUGAUUAUUUCUAGAGAUACUGCAGAAAUUGAUGCUGAAUGGGAGAAAAGAGAAAGAGAAAGAAAUGAAAAAAACCAAGCGGACUUAAAAGCGAUUGCUGAACAUAGAGCCCUUGUGAUGAAGAAUAAAGAGGAAGAAGAAAGACAAAGGAAAAUAGAAUCUAAAAAACAAUUGCUGGCUUUUAUGAAAGCAGAUCAGAUUUUUCGUGAGCAUGAAAAGGAGAAAAAGCGCAAAGUUGAUAAAGAAUGCAGAGAAGUUCAAGAUGCUAACAUUCAACAAAUAGCCCAAAAGAAGUUUAAUGCAAAAGAAGCAAAACAAAACGAAUUAGAAUAUUGCAGACUUACUGAAACUCUUGCAGCUGCCAAGGAGAAAGAAUUUCAGGAUUAUGCCAGAGAAGUAAUUAAACAUGAAUCUGAAUCAACAAAUAAAUUUAUUUAUCCUCUUGUAAAAUCUGCACAGGAAAGACCUGGAGGUGGCCACGGACCAGCUUUUAUGGGGAGAGGUGGAUUAAGACCAAGCUAUCAGGCAAAUGAUAUUACUGGAGUCCAGCUUCCUUUUUAUAAUUCUCAGGGAUCAAAAUAUAAUAAUUUUCAGAAGUCUAAGGGAAGAUUAGGUUUUACAUGGUAGAAAAAAUAAUUUUUAAGAUUGAGAAGACUGAAGUGGUAGCAAAUGAGCUACAAAUGUAAAUGGACUAUAUUCUUAUUAUUUAAUAAAUCUGUCAUUCAUCUCAAUACAA